AUGGGUUUCGGUGUUCUUGAUGACCCUCAUAUGGCGGCUCCCCCUGGGACGUCGACCAUCAAUGACUCUGGCUCAUCUGUCGAUUCGAAAGUCGACUCGAGCUACUUGAAGCGCGAUGGGGACAUUAUCUUACAACCACAGCCAUCAGACAGUCCAAACGAUCCAUUGAACUGGUCGCCAAUAAGAAAGGAGUGCAUCAUGGUUCUUCUUGCUUUCAGCUCCGGCGUGACAACAGCCCUCGGACCAAUGGUGACACCCGGUCUCCCUCUUCUCGCAAAGAAGUACAACGUCAGUAUUGACAUGGUUUCGAGUCUCAUCAUCGGAUUUCUCGCUUUCUGGAUCGGCUUCACCACGUUCUUUACCGCUGCUGGAGCAAACAUCUGGGGCAAGCGUCCAUUCUUCGUUAUUUCGACAGUGGUUCUCCUCGCUACUAACGUUUGGGGAUUCUUUGCCAAGUCAUUUGUUUCCCUCGCCGUUAUGCGUGUCAUACAGGGUAUUGCGUCGGCUCCUCUCGAGACGCUUGUCACGUCAACGGUAUCAGACAUGUACUUUGUCCAUCAGCGAGGCACACGUAUUGCAGUAUGGGGUUGCAUGUUGUCUGCUGGAGUGCUGCUUGGUCAAGUCAUCGCCGGCGCAAUUAUUGAAAACGUCUCCUUCGAAGCCACCUUUGGUAUCUCAGCGCUCAUCUUCAUACCCAUUCUCCUCGGCAUAUACUUUUUGAUUGUAGAAACUACAUACUACGGUCCACGCCCCACGCCUGGGAAGCCCGGGUUUGGUGGAAAAGACGACGAUUCCAUUGCUGAAUCCAUGGCUGAACGCGAUGAGCCCAAGCAUGCAUAUAAAAGCCAACUCGCGAUCUUUCGCGGUCGCAUGUCGCCUGAAUCUUUCUGGAAGAACGCAUGGAAGCCUGUGCCCCUGAUCGCUUACCCUGCUGUGUUGUUCAGCACCAUCGUGUACGGAUCAUACUUUACCUGGCUCCUGACCAUCUCCGUCCUCUCCGUCGGCGUCUUCUCCGCACCCCCUUACUUGCUGAACCCCGCCCAAGUCGGCCUAACCAAUCUUCCUCUCCUCGCUGUUUCUCUCAUCGGCUCGCCGCUCUCCGGCUGGACUGCCGAUGCAAUUGCAAAGUUCAUGGCACGCCGCAACAAAGGCGUCUUCGAGCCCGAGUUCCGCCUUACGCUCAUGAUCCCCGCCACCAUCUUUGCAACAGUCGGUUUCCUGGGCUUUGGAAUUAGUGUGUCGCGAGGCUUGCCGAUGGUGUGGCCCCUUGUCUUCAUGUCGAUUCACUCGUUGUCUGUGCCGUUUGCUUCGACGGCAAGUCUGACUUACGUCAUUGAUUGCCACCCCCGCGAUGCUAACCAGGCGUUUGUCACUAUUAACUUUACAAAGGCUGUGUUCACGUUCAUCGCGACGACGUAUGCAAAUGGUAUCAUGGCCAAGGUGGGGCCGAGGGCGGUGUUUGAUGGUAUUACGCUUAUCAAUUUGGGUAUUUGCAUGCUUACGAUUCCGGCGUAUGUGUAUGGAAAGAGGUUUAGGAGUUUGAUUGCUAGAAGUUCUUUUGGAAAGAAAAUCUCCGGUUAG